UUCUCCGUAAUGAUAUGACAUGUAUGCCGUUUUAUAUUAAAUAAAACGACACGCGUUGUUAUUUUAAGAGACGGAAACGGCAACAAAAAAGAGUAUAGCUGUUUCGUCCUUCCUUCAUCGCUUCGUCUCUUCGUCUGUGAAAUCGAACCACCGGGAAUGAAAGUGAAUUGAAAAAGUUGAAAAAUUUGAAGUUUUACUAACCUAAUUGACCAUUCCUGAACAACCCAAUUCGAGAAACGGAAUCUACGAGCGAGAGAGUGCGGAUUUCUCUGAAAAACCCUAACAUUGCUUGGUUGAGUUAGCAACAACAAUGGCACUGUCGCAGUGGAAGGAAGCUAUACUCGAAGGGAUCUUCAUGGAGAUUGAAGAUGGUGUUGUGGAGGAGAAGAACCUCGAGCGGUUAGAGAAUCUAGUUGAGAUUCUACACAAAGAAGGUUCUAAGGUACCCGAAUCAGUCAAGAAAGCGUUUUGUAAAGUUGCUGUGGAGUGCACGGCGAAGUGUCUCGCUUAUGAGAAAGAUGCAAAAAAGGCUUAUACUGAAGCAAUUAGAUCCAUAUGGGUCUGUAGGAUUAUGCCUUUAUGCGAUAAGGUUAGUUGUUUGGUUACUAGUGACCUCUUGAAUAGCUGUCGAAGAUUAUGGACGGCCCACAGUGACGAAAAGACUUGUAAGAGUUUGAUGGAUGAGAAUACGAGAGACAAAGCUUUGGUUAGUUUGAGGACGGUUGUUUCUGAGUUGAAUCCCAACCUUGUUGGGGAGUUGAAUCCUAACAUGGAUGCAUCGGACGAGAUUGAAACUAGUGAAGAGUCUGAAGAGACAGUGUCAAUGGUCGAAGCAAGAGAGAAUGAGGUCCUUAAAAAAAAUAGUAUGGCGUCUAAAGCUAUGGAUGAAGACCAAGAGAACCUCUCAGAUACUGAACUGGAAAGACCCACUUCUGGAGGGUCAAAAGAUGAAUCUUUGCACCGUCGAUACAAGACCAUUUCAUCUGCAAUUGUUGACAGAGCGCUCAGAAAGCUUAGAGCUAGUAAAAUGGAGCUGAUGGAAGCUUUAGAAAAAGGAGGGCCGUCAAAUUUAAACAAUGAGUCGAUUACAGAACAAGAAAAUGAUGUUGCUAAUCCUUCUGGAACAAACAUUGCACCAAGGCCUAGCUCGAUGGAGCGACGUACCACAGCACAGACUUAUGAAUGGGAAGACUCCAUUGAUGAUUCCGAUGGGGAACUGGGUGGUGAUGGUGAAAGGAAUAAUAAACCAAAACGUAAAAAAAUUGUCAUGUCUCCUUUGAAGAGAAACCGAAGUGCAGAAGGUGCUAGGAGGAAGAAAGUCCCGUGGUGUACUGCAGAAACGCUGGCCGUACUGAAAGGCUUUGAAAAGUAUGGUGCAAACUGGAAGCGGAUCAAAGAUGAGAAUCCUAUUCUAGUUCGUAGAACUAAUGGUGAUAUUAAAGAUAAAUUUCGAGUUGAGAUGAGGCGUGAAGAGCGCCGUCCUUGAGUAGGUGAGUUAAAUAUAUACAUAGUCUUAAGACCUUCAAUGAAGUAAAACACUAAUACUUUACUACACUAAUACUUCAUUUGCAUCUCAGUUCCCCAAAUCGAAAGUGUGUAGGUAGGAAAAAGAUGAUAUGAACUCUCACAAACAGUGAGCUUAAGUUCUUAGAACCCAAUAGUCACGCUGAUUUCACAAGUUAGUUUUGAAGGGAAACUCUACCUGUGAGCAUAUAUGUAUAGUGCUGCUUACUAUCAACAUUACCACUUUACCAUGUAAUGGAAAUGUGAUAUAGAAGGGCUAAUUUGUAUAUAUCGAUGGGUUUUAUGGUUCUAUAAUUUUGACUGUUCAUGUUCUGAGUUGAUAGUAACAUUAGCAAACCAACGUGCAAA